CGUCACCACUGGAUACCAGGGUGCCUGCCCGUAAAGGCCGACCUCGCUGUGACGGCUUCUGCCUCCAUCCCGCACACCCACCAGGCUGAGCCUCGCAUCCGUUAUUUUCAGCCGACAAUGACAACCCUGCGGUGCGCCCGAAGCAUAUGACCGGCCUGCGUCACUGAGACCCCAUCGCGUGCGCAAACGCAUCGACUCGACCCUUCCAUGUCCGCCCGACGCCCGCACUUUGCCUGCUCAGCACCCACACCCGGCUUUCGUCCAAAUCUGUCCCCAGCCUCUCUAUUCUGCCGCUCUUGAGCUCCUGGCCGACUUGCUCCCAUCCGUGAUUUGCCCGUUGGCAUUCAAACGACGAGCCAUCGCAAGCCUCGACUGCACUUCUGAUCAUAUCUGACGCUUCGAAACCCUCGCAAGGAGCCAACGUCUUGUGAUCCAGCUGUCCCUGUCCGCUGUACGCAGCACAAGUAUCUAGGCGCGCCAACAAGCCCUGCCAUGCAGCCGUCAGUAACUCACCAGCAGACAAAAAGCCGGUAGCAGCCAUGGCGUCCAACGCAUUCUCGCGGUUGCUUCCACAGGGUCGAGGCCGGUCAUUUUACGAAGAGCUGAGGGGCAGAGACUCGGCUGCGGACAUCGAGGGGGGCGCUGGCAUCGACAUCGACCAGGAGAAUCUGAACAGGCCAUUCCAAGAUUAUGAUCUCGAUGAAGCAGAGAGGCUCGCUGCCGAGGGCAGCCGGAUUUCCAUGUCCCCGAGUGAUGCCGGCCCCUCUACCCAACACGGAUUCCACGACCGCUCCACCACGGCUGCGUCGCGUUGGAUGGCAGGAGUUCCCGAGGACGACGUCGACAACGACGUCCCAGAGUCCCUCCUAGUCGAAGCGCCACAGGGACCUGCGCAAAAGCAACCACCUGCCUCCAACCGGGAGCAGGCACGACAGCCUGCGGUGCCUGGUCCAUCGUCAAGAAAGACCAGGGGGCAGUGGGAGGCUACGCAGAACCAGCAGAGGCUACAUGUCGACGAUGGCCACCCACGGGGCAGCGGUCCGGGAAGGCCCGGCCAGCCAGCUCCUCCUAUUACAGCUGAUCGCGUCGCCGGUAGUCCUCGAGAGAGGGCCAUGUGGAGAUGGGUUAAUGUCUCCAAUCUCGACAAGUUUACUACCAACGUCUACCAUUACUAUCAAGCCUCGGGGUUCUGGUGCAUCAUCCUGGACGUCGUGCUCGAGCUUGUAAACGCAACGUUUGUCGUUGUCUUCUUGACUUUCCUCACUCAAUGCGUCGACUAUCGCAAGAUCCCGCAGAGCAAAGAGUUGUCGGAAGUCACCAUUCCCCAGUGCACCCAGAAAAUGGGCACCGUCUGGAACUUGGGGCUGUGGCUCUUCGCAGUAUGGAUUGUGUUUCGGGGCAUCAGUCUCAUAUUGAGUCUCGGUCAACUGCGCCUUCUUCGAGAAUUCUACACACACCUUCUCAACAUACCCGAAGACGACAUGCAAUCUGUCUCGUGGCAAGAUGUUGUUGCGAGGAUGAUGGCUCUGCGGGACUCACACCCCAAGACAGCUACCAACCUAACGGGGGUUCAGCGUGCCUGGGUCGGUAGUCAAUCCAAGGAGCGGCUGGAUGCGCAUGACAUAUGCAACCGCAUCAUGAGGAGAGAGAACUUCCUCAUUGCUCUCCUCAACAAGGACGUUCUCGAUCUAACAAUACCCCUUCCGUUCCUGAGGAAGAGGCAGCACAUGUCGCAGUGCAUAAAGUUCGCCAUUGAAUUCAGUAUCCUGGAUUUUGUCUUUGACGCCAAUGGUCAGGUCAACGAGGAGUUCCUGAGGGCCGGGCGUCGCGGCCAGCUGAGCCAGAAGCUGCGGACACGCUUCGCAUUCGCCGGAUUCAUGGUCCUUGUCAGCGCGCCCUUCAUCGCACUGUAUCUCAUUGUAGUAUACUUCCUCAUGUAUUUCCAUGAAUUCAGGAGCGAUCCCUCGGCGAUCGGUGCCAGGGCCUAUACCUCCCUGGCGCUGUGGAAGUUCAGAGAGUUCAAUGAGCUCGAGCACUUGUUCAAUGCCCGUCUCAAAAUGUCGCAGCCGUUUGCGAAGGUAUACAUCGACCAGUUCCCCAAACGGAAGACAGAGCAGGUGGCACGCACCAUCUCAUUCAUUGCCGGUUCGAUCGUUGCGGUGUUGGCGGUGGCAACGCUCUUCGACUCGGAGAUGUUUCUCAGCUUCGAAAUCACGCCAGACAGGACUGCCGUCUUCUACAUUGGAGUUUUGGGAGCUGUCUGGGCCGCCGCUCGAGGAAACGUAUCGGACGAGAACGAAGUCUAUGAUCCCGAGUACGCAAUGAAGAGUGUCAUCGGCUACACGCACUAUGAGCCGGAUCACUGGCAGGACCGGUUGCACAGCACCGACGUCAAGACCGAGUUCGCGGAGCUCUACAAGCCAAAACCACUGAUAUUCCUCGAAGAGAUCAUCAGCAUUCUGCUGACGCCCCUAGUCCUACUGAUCAGCCUCCCCAAGACGAGCGAUCAGAUCAUCGAUUUCUUCCGUGAAUUUACAAUUCACGUUGACGGCCUGGGAUACGUCUGUUCUUUUGCUGUCUUUGACUUCAAGAAAGGCGUCGAGAACCAGAAGCAGCCGGCAGCUGACAUGAGGGACGGCUACUACUCCACCAAGCAUGGCAAGAUGGCGGCAUCCUUCUACGGCUUUUUGGAUAAUUACGUCAUCAACCCCAAGACCGGCCUACCGGGCAGCCACCAACACGGUUCCCGGCAUCAGUUCCAGCCGCAUCCCUCAUUCCCGGGUCUCUACUCGCCCACGCUGGCGGCUGACAUGCAACAAUCGCGUAUCGCGGGCCGGGAGCGCGGUCGCGGAAGUGGGGGUCGGGCCCAGGCAUCGGGGGUGCAGGCGGCGGCGAGGGCUCCUCAUUUCAGGUCCGCCAUGCCGCAGCCCUCACCGAUGGCAUCGGUACUUUUGGACCCGCACAAUCAGCCCGCAGCUUCGGCUUUCGGCAACAUGAGCUUGACCAGACCACGCCACCAACAGCGCGGUGGGUAUCCUGGCGAUCGCAACAUCAUACAAGAGGCCGCAGCCGAGGAUGGACGGGAGGAUUCUCAGGUGGGCAAACCCGGAGAUGUGGAUGUGUACGAAAGCGGCGGUGACCUGGACGAGUCGACAUGGCAGACGUCGCCUACCAAGGCGCUGUCUAGGGAGAACAGUACCGCCAAGGGGCAGGAGCCCGAUGUCGGAGUACUUGGGCUCAUGUAUGAGUUCCAGCAGGCCCGGAUGAGGCGAUGAGGUUUUGUUCCGGGGUGUUUAUCUAUUGUUCUUUUGCUCGGUUCCUUUUGCAACCUCAGAUUCGGCAUUUUUAGUGUCCGGGGCCGUGUUCGGAGUCUGUCUAGAGGUGUUCUGUUGAUCCUUGUCACGAGCUUGCUGGAGGACUAUACCUGGUGGCUAGCUUCCACAGGUAUGUAUCCAGGUGUGUAAAUGGGUGCAAAUUCACCCCCCAGUUUACCUUGGGUCGAAAUUUAUAGGAAUAUCCUCAACCUUGCACACAGAUCGGUUUAUCGCAACCACACUCAAUGCUUGAAAACGAUGGGC